AUGGAAGGCCAUUUUGCGGUGCAAGUACCGCCCUCGGCCGGGCCUGGCUCGCAGCUCAACGUUCGCGCUCCGACGACGGGCGAGACGUUGACUGUAGUUGUGCCAGCAGGGGUUUACCCUGGUUCUAGCUUCAUGGUGCCGCUUCCGCGGCAGCCCCGGCCCGUUCCCGCAGCGCCCGUUCAGGCUCAGGUGGUCCAGUCGCCGCAGCCGAAGGUUUACCAGGUCAAUAUUGAGUCGACGCGGCCCGCGCAGCCCGUCUAUGCCGAGCAAGUCCAGUCGCCGCGCCCCGUGCCUCCGUCGUCGCCCGCGGGCACGUUUCCGGUCAUCGUGCCGGCGGGCCACUUCUCCGGCAUGCGGCUCAGCGUGCGCGCCAGUGCAUAAAUCAAUUGUCGCGGCGCGUUCCUCCAUGCCCGACGGACGCGAGUCUCAACUACUGGUUGAUUUGCGCACAGGUUCGCGCGCCGAACACCGGCCAGAUGAUGACGGUGGUCAUUCCCGCGGGCGUAGGUCCCGGGGGUCAGUUCGCCGUGCCCCUGCCGAUGCCUGUCGCGUCAUAUGGAGCUCGGAGCCGCCCCAAAGGGAACGCGGCGGCCCGGCGGCAGUACCAGCAAGCCCGACGCCGGGGCGAUGGUCGGUUGCACAAGGUUCACUGGGGUGUCAUCGCGGGCAUCGCAAUAGUCAUCAUCCUCCUCAUCCUCUUGCUCUCCCUCGGCGGGGACGGCGGCAACCAGGGCACCCCGGGGUACUGCACGGCGAGCACCAGUGCGGAAAUCAACCAGUGCGUCAGGCCGGUCUGGAGGUAUUAUUUACUAUUCUGGCCGCCUCGACGUAGCACGAGAGUGCUCGGCGUCCUCGCACGAGGUGUCUUAGGCUUACUCACCCGAACGUUUGAUUUCCGCACAGGAGAGCUCCACGCCCUGCCUCGCGUCCUGGACCGACCCCACAAUCAACGGCUGCAGCACUCCCCAGGAGUACUGCACGAACUGCGACGACAGUUUUUACCUGUGCGGAAAUCAAAAGUUCGGGUGAGUAAGCCUAAGCUGCCUCGUGCCAGGACGCCAAGCACUCUCGCGCUGCGUCGAGGCGGCCAGAAUAGUAAAUAAUACAUCCAGGCCGGCCUGACGCACUGGUUGAUUUCCGCACAGGUUUUUACUGGUGCUGCACCACGAACAAUUGUGAGGGCGAGGGCCAGGGUUGGUGUAAAUGCAACGCGGGCGCUCCGCCGGAGCAGGCCGCCUCCGGCGAAUGCCUCUCCGGGGGCCGAACGUGCAUGGCCUCGUGGACCGACGCGACCUUGCCCGGAUGCGCCGCCACUCAGAACGCGUGCUCGACGGACGCUUUCGGAAAUGCCUGCGACCAUACGUCGUCAUCGCCGUCGACGACGCCGUGGUGCUGCCUCGACGCAGAAUGCGAGGUCGAGGGCAGCGGCUGGUGCUACUGCAAGCCAUGACUGCGCCGCCGGGGAGUGUAUAGGAGUUCUACAUUUCUUUGC